AUGAAAAAGAUAGCGAGUCGACGAUCGCGAACGCCGAAUUGGUCGCUCGAAGAAAAACAAUUCUUGUUAGAUCUCAUCAAGGAGCGAAAAGAAGUAGUUGUCAUUAAACCGAACGCUCCUAACUAUUAUGAAGAGAAGGACGCGGCGUGGAACGAGAUAUUACGAGCUCUAACCGUGAAGUUUGGGACGAAAUUCUGUGGCUUUUCGAUAAAGAAAUUGAAGACCCAGUGGCAAAAUAUGAAACGCUUGGCGCGUGAAGAGGUAUCGCUUAAUGGCACAGCCGUGCAAAAAUAUACAAGGCAGUCAUUUGAAGUUUGUAAUAUCCUCGAAUUAGUUAAGGAUGGCAUCUUGACAAAAACCGAGAAUGAACCAUUUAUCAAGCCUAUGUUGAAGGCAGACGUUGAAAUCAAAACUGAAUGUAUCGAUGAAGAAAUAAUGGAAGCGAGUUGUAGUGGUGUCAUCAAUUGUACAAUACAGGAGCCAACCACUGACACGACUUUAAUGGAAUCGUCAUCCUCGUCUGCUGUAUCUGAUCACACUGAAGUCAUUGAUACAAUUGAAAUGACACCACAAGAAAGACUAUUUAGAAAUCGGAAGACAGUAGAAACUAUGACAGAUCCUUCUGUCAUUAUUCAUACAGACCACAUUCCAAAGGACUACCAAAGUUUUUUAAGGUAUGCAUCGUGUGAAAAAGAUAUCAAAAUGGAGUCCUUAAAAGAAGAAAGGCAGAUAGUCAAAGCUAUGCGUGAAACGGCAGAACUAAAUAAAAUAAUAGCUGAGCAGAAAUUAAAACAUUUUCUUUGGAUCAAGAAUCAAGAUAUGGCGUAA